AUGCCAGAUACGGUUGUGUUGGACUCCUCGAACCUGGAUCCUCCUCGAUCACCUGUAAGCAUCUCGACAGAGCCUAGCCGACGUGGCUCAAUCAAGCCGGUACAUCGCCCUGAGAAGCACGCAGAACCACCAACAGCCUCUUCUCCGCCCGCCCGUUUGACGAGGAAGAGAGCAGCAACACUUCAUGCUGAGACUGCAAACCUUCCUCCGAACAUAGAAGGCCUUGCUCUCAACAGUGCGAGUACCACAGGACCAGUCACGUCUGACCUGACAAGAGAGCAAGUAUGCCUUUGUCAACCCGAUCCUAAGAUCCCUCGUCCACGAAACGCUUUCAUUCUUUACCGUCAACAUUAUCAGGCGCAGGUCGUCGCUCAAAAUCCAGGCCUUGCAAACCCUGAAAUUUCAAAGAUAAUCGGCGAACGAUGGAGAGAACAGGCACCUGAAGUGAAGAGUGACUGGAAAAGAUUAGCUGAAGUAGAUAAGGUCCUUUUUACCUGCAUUGUGUGGAAGGUGCUAAUUGCCGUCAUCGAGAAGGAAGAAAAACAACGACAUCAGCGACAAUAUCCAGGGUAUCGAUACCAACCUCGACGUGCAGGUAAACCGAACGGAGCACGUCCAGUUUCUGCUUCCUCGGCCGAUGAUUCAGUGCGCUGCCCAAAGUGCGGUGGCAGAUACAUCUCCACGCCAAGUACACCCUUGACCCCCUUCACGCCUGGCUUUGGAGUUGGAUCUACCACCAGAAACGAGCGUCUUCCUCUGCCGUUCACCCCGCCAGCAAUUUCUCGAAGCACGGCCUUGGAGCAGCCAAGGUAUACAUCACAGAUGGACAACGUCAGGAUGGAUAGCCCACGAGCAGGCCCCCUGCACCAACAAGGCCAUCGCCGUGCUCCGUAUCCACAUCCGCAGCAGCUUCAAACUCACCGUGAACGAGACGAGGAUAUGGACCUACUAAGUCCAUCAUCAGACCAAAAGCGCCGUCGAUACAAUACCGAGCCACAGCCCCAACGUGGCUAUCCAUCCUCGUCGCCGAUAUCUCAUACAGCCCCACAAGCUUUCUCCCGUAGUGGGGUCCAAAUGCCCGCUACGGGCUAUAGACCACAGCAACUACUAGGUCCAGGCAUGCUCUCCCGAACUGGAAAUGUUAGUGCAUCUCCGCAACAGUCCCUCAUGGUCCAACAGUCACGCCAUCAGUAUCCGAGUCGCUCAGACACUUUCGAUGAAUCUCUCCGAUUGCCACCCUUGCAAACACAACUUUCAGGUCCAAACCAGCCCUCUUCUCAUAGAACAGAUCCACGGGCGGAGAACCGCGAUAGCCAGGCUAGGAGCGUAGAGGCAAUGGUGAUGACAAUACCAUAUGUUAAUAAGAUCAAGGUUUUAACCAAAAUUUCUCCUCCCCUUACACCACCUGGCCCCACGAGUCCUGCCCAACAAAUCCGUGGUGCCGUGAUUGCAGUUGAAGGUGCAGACAGUGCGCUUCUAUCUGAAGUCGGUUCCUUCAUCAAUGAACAUCUCGGCAGGGACAGCUCUUGUGCCAUGAAGACCUGGACUAGCUCCACGCCCUCCGUGAAGGAGGCACCCACCCCAGCAGUCGACACAGAGAUGACGGACGCCUGUGUCGCCUCUAAUAAAUCUUCUCCAAUUGAGGAUACAACUCAGACACCCUUUGUUGAAUAUUUAUCUAUAAUAUCCGAGUGGCACAAAAAGUCCCGGGAGAUAACGAAGUACAUCACCACCACUCCUGCUCUUCCCGGAGCUGAUCUGGACAGCGCAUCCUCGCCGCAAUCCCCUGCAGCGAAAGUUCUUCCUAUAGCUCUCCUUCCACAGGGCUUCUCUCUCACCACGUCCGACACAUUUGCUCUCCGGAUACCUAUCAACGACUCUUAUGCCCCAGUUGACCACUGGCAAUGGAUGGCUACUCUCUGGCGGGGAAUAAUUGGCCCAGAUCUUACGGUUUACGUGAAGAGGGUCGAUAAGGAAGAAAUGGAAAGGUAUGGUGGCGUGGAGAUCCGAGCAGAUUGUGCUGGGAUUGUAGUAAGGGUAGCUGAAACGGGGAAGAUGGACGAGAAGACCGCGAGGCGGUUAGGUUUUGAAGUUAUGGAAUUCGUCAGGAGUAUUGAGGGUGGCUUUGAGAUAAGCCAAUGA